GCGUCCGGGCUCAGUCGUAGAGAGGCGCAGAACAAAAGAAUCACCAAAGUGAAGCUGAAAUGUGGAAGGCAAUGAGACGCCUUUAUGCAAAUCAUUCCCUUUUGCUGCGUCUUUCACUGUUACUACCCUUAAUUCCGUUGCUUUAUUCUUUCCUCUUCGUCACCCUCAUUCCAAAGGAGGAAACUGCUUCGGUAACUACUGAGAUUUUGGGAGUGAAGAUUGAGAAGAAUCCUCCUCAAUCUAAACUCAUUGAGCUUAGAGUCUCAACUUGGUCCACGUGGGAAGGCGGUCCGACCAAAAUCCCAUGGUCGUUCAAAGCUAAAGAGACCAUGUAUCUGCUGAAGGGAAAAGUGAAGGUCACAGUUGAUGGACAUGGAGAUGAUGGCUCUUUUGAAAUUGGGGGUGGCGACUUGGUCGUCUUCCCUAAAGGAAUGAACAUCACUUGGGAAGUGAUUGAAGCUGUGAAGAAACACUACCACUUGGAAAAGGAAAAUUAAUUAGUGCUUCCAUAUUAAGAAAGCCUUUGACGGUAAUGGCUGGAUCAUUCUGUACUUGAUAAAAUGAUUGCUUUCUGUGGCUGAAGUUACUGGUUGAUAUAAGAAUGUACCUUUUAACAUGAUCCCAAUGGAAGUCACGUAUGUUGAAAUGA